AUUCAAAACCUUCACAUUAGCAUUGAUACUCCAUAAAUUUUCCCCAGGUUUAACAUGGUUGAGUCAGUGUAGUUUUGGACCAAUCUAUUGAGCAUAAUUCAGUAGAGUUUUUUUCAACGAAGAAACAGUGGCCAGCAAUGAACGGCACGAUUCUGUUAAGAUUGGUUAUGGUGCUAGUUCCAGCAGCUCUAGCCCAGAUUCCCACGGGAUGUGUCAAGAUUAGGAGCGUUCACAGCCCAAAGUUUGUGCUAAAAUACAAGGAUUCUGAGCAAAAAAUAGACAACUGUCGUUGGAAUAUCCUGCCGGAUGGCGCUUUCCACAAGAUCAAGCUGGAAACGAUGGACGAAGAGUUGUACGAGUCGAAAAAGAGCACAAAGUACGGCAACGUGUUUACCUACAAUCCCAAGUCUGAGAAAAAGGACAAGGGCAAAGCUGCCCAGUGGAUCGUCACUAAGGCGCGGGGAGAUAAGUUUCACAUCAAGAAUGUAAAAUAUGACCACUGCAUGAUGGCCAAGGGAGGCACCGUGCUGAUCGGCGAUAAAGAUUGUGACGGCGAGAAAUACGAGUGGCUUUUGGAAGCUUGUGGUUGAUUGCACAUUGAAGGAGUUAAAAUCAGAUUCAAGCAAA